GUGACAGAACAGAUUGUAGGGAUGCGAUUAGCUUUGAGGCCGGGUGGGGCGAGAAUAGUCCGAAUUAUCCAGGUGCGCCUAAUGUAAUCAACGGCCCUCUUUAUAAGAGGAAGCAGGCAGCUAAGAAGGCAGCUGUGGUGGCAGCAGCAACAACAGCGACGACGGUGACAGAGACGGAGGAAACAGAAGAUGGCUGAUUUCUUGAAAGGGCUGCCUGUCUACAACAAAAGCAAUUUUAGUAGCUUCCAUGCCAAUUGUCUAAGCAAAGCCUCGAACCGACGUCCACCAGUCUACCUGCCCCCUCAGGAGUACCCGUCUGAACAGAUAAUUGUGACAGAAAAAAUAAACAUUCUUUUGAGCUACCUACAACAGCAACGGGACAAAAAGAAUGCCGCCGAGAAGAAAGACCAGGAGCAAGUGAACCUCGAGGCUGAGAGCUGGGCGUCCCCGUGCAAGAUCCCACGGAUCUACAGCCAGGACUGGGACGACUGGGACGAGGACCCUUGAGACUCACGGCCCCACUCAGACGCCUCCUGUGCUGUCUACUCCUCGCCUGCCCGCCGGCCUGCCCACGUCCCACCGUUCACACCACUUCCAAUAUGAUAAAGCCAAUGUAUUUAUUUUC